UUGGAUUUUCAGAACCUGAACCAGAAAAGCGUUAAAAAUAACUUAGAAAUCCGAAACUCAAUAGCUGAUGCCCUUAGCAUUAAGCGCAUCAGUAUUGCUAGUUCUCUGCGCCUUUCCUAAUUAGCAGUGCUUGGCUUUAAAAAAAAACCUAUUUAUGGAAAUCCUGAACCUAAAUAGCUGUAAAUACCAUUGUUCUGAUGCUCUUCAGAGUCUGCUGCGACGCGCACGUUCCACAUUUCAGCAAACUUCACUUUCCUCAGAGCUUCCAAAUGAGCCCAAGUGGGAAGGGAAAAAGAUGGAGCCCAACUGGCGGGUGGAGAGAAUGUCGUUACCUUUCCUGAGAUCUGGCUGAAUUAUCAGCCAGAGACAUUGCUUUUACUGUGCAAGGCGGGUGUAGGAAGUGUUCUCAGAAAGACAAGGAUUUGGGAGAUGCAUGCAGUUCUUAUAAGCUCCAAGCGUCUGGUGACCCUGGCCCGGGGACUUUCGCCCGCCUUUCUGCGCUUCGGGGGCAAAAGGACCGACUUCCUGCAGUUCCAGAACCUGAGGAACCCGGCAAAAAGCCGUGGGGGUCCCGGCCCGGAUUACUAUCUCAAAAACUAUGAGGAUGACAUUGUUCGAAGUGAUGUUGCCUUGGAUAAACAGAAAGGCUGCAAGAUUGCCCAGCACCCUGAUGUUAUGCUGGAGCUCCAACGGGAGAAGGCAGCUCAGAUGCAUCUGGUUCUUCUAAAGGAGCAAUUCUCUAAUACUUACAGUAAUCUUAUAUUAACAGGUAAGGGUAUUGGGGUCGGCUGGAAUCUUAGAGCACUGUAGAUUGAUGGUCUCCACUGGUUAGCAGCUUGAUGCUUGGGAGACACUAAAGUGGGAUUCAGAUGAUGUGUCUGUCUCUUUCCACAUAUCCUUUUAAAAAUCAUGAUGAGUAUUCAUAUAAAAUACUUAUUAUAUUUUGCAGAUGUAUUUUGACUUGAGAUUAUGGGUGGUUUGGCAUGUGUGUUCUCAAAAGAAGGACCAAUGAA